AUGAGUGCCCUGCAAGGUGUAUUUUCAAUUGUAGGGGCAAUUACAGGGAGAAUAGUUGAGCCAGUGAUCCAAUUAGUGGUGCUCCACGCUGGUUUUGUUUUUCAGUACAAGAAGAAGCAGGAGAAACUAGAAGUUGAAAUUAAAAACCUUGAAGAGAAGAGAAAACAAAUCGAGGAAAAAAUUGAUGAAGCCAUUACUCGUGGCGAAGAAGUUGAUGAACCUGUUUCAAACUGGCUAGUAGAGGUGGAAGAAAGACUUCAGAAAUUUAAGGAUGACAAUACUAUUAACGAAAACAUGCAGUGCUUUAAAUUCUCAUGUCCGGAUUACAUCUCGCGAUACCGUAUGAGCAAGGAAGCCGAAAACAAGAUGGAAGAAGUAAGAAAUCUCACUCAGAGUGGCAAUUUUAGCACAGUUGCACAUCCUAAGCCAUUUGCUCAAGAACUUCAAUUCCCAUCAUCAAGUGCAAACUAUGCAAAUUUUGAGUCGCGAAAAUCGGUUUGCGAGAACAUCAUGGCGGCAUUACAAGAUUCCAAUGUUAAAAUGAUUGGAGUAUAUGGAACAGGAGGCGCUGGUAAGACGACAAUGGUUGAAGAGAUUGGCAAACAAGUGAAAAAUGUACUUUUUGAUGAAGUCGUGGUGGCAGUUGUCUCUCAGGACGCAAAUGUGAGCAAUAUUCAAGGGCAACUCGCUGCCCGCUUGGGUCUGAAACUAAUAGAGAAAACUGAAGUGGGAAAAGCAAAUGAACUGUGGAAUAGAUUAAACAAUGGGAAGAAAAAUCUCAUUAUAUUGGAUGAUAUGUGGCAAGAAUUGGACUUGAAGACAAUAGGGAUUCCUAUCACUGAUGGAAACAAUUGUUGCAAAGUUGUGAUAACGUCUCGAAUCCGAGGUGUGUUGGAAAAGAUGCAUGUUAAUAGUUAUGUUCCAAUGCAAGUACUAUUAGAGAAAGAAGCAUGGGCCCUAUUCAAGACGAAGGUGGGAAAUUCUGUUGACUCUCCUGAACUCCAUGAUAUAGCUGAUGCAGUUUGUAAAGAGUGUGGAGGCUUGCCGGUUGCUAUACUUGCAGUUGGAGCCGCAUUGAAAGAUAAGAAAAAUAUAUGCUUGGGAAGAUGUACUUGA